AACUGCAGGGAGAAUUUACAAUGGUGCUACAACCAAACUCGACCCAUCUCCGACGACGAGAGGUAUGUGUGGCAGUUUCCCAAGUCGAUGGUGACGCUGGUAGAGAGGACCCUCCUGAGGAUGAGGACGCCAGUGCGUUAUCUCAACGUGACGCAGCUGUCGGGGUUCAGACGGGACGCCCACACAGGCGUGUACACUUCGAGGCAGGGGAAGCUCCUGACGCCGGAGCAGAGGAAGGAACCGGAGAGGUUCGCCGACUGUAGCCACUGGUGCUUGCCUGGAUUGCCCGACACUUGGAACGAACUCCUCUUUGCCUCCCUCCUCGAAACCAGCUUAACUACUUCGUGAACAGAGGCUGGUGGAUCACAAUCCUCGACGGCGUGAUUAAAGAUUUUAACGGCUCUUCUAUAUUCUUUUUUGAAUCUAAUUAGCAGCAUUAGUUGAAUAUCAGUCGACAAAGCAGUGGUCAGAAUCACUUGCAUCCUAUCUUGUUGAACAGGAAACGUUACAACAAGAUCAAACAAGAGAAUGUUCUCUUUAGGUAAGUGAACUUUCAGUUUCUGGGUAUAGA